AUGAGUUCUAUGAACUCCCGAUUCAAAAGCCUUGGAUUCGGCUCCAAACGCAAAUCGAGCGCCAACGUGCCCACAAUCGCACAAAACCCCACCCCUCAAUCACCCGCUCCGCAGCUGCUCCCUGGUCGACCUGGUUCCAUCCCCCUCCCCCUCCCCCUCCCCUCGACAGCCUCGUCUGCAUCCUCGACCACAAGUCUUCCCAUGAAUCAUCCCGGAACCGGUGGAGGACGCCCACCGAGUUAUACAAAUAACUACGCACCUGCUCCCGCCGGCCUUGGACGCACGCAAUCCCCUCUCACCACAGGAACACCCCGUACACCACCGACCCAGAUGAUGGGCGGACCUCCCCCGAUCAAUACUGCUGCCUCUGGAUAUCCUCCAGGCCAUCCCGCGCAACAGAUGGGCCCUCCUCCGCCAGCAGGUGGUCCUCCACAAUAUGGCGGUCCUCCUCAGUAUGGAGCACCAGCACCCGCCGGUGGACAAAGCAUGGCAGCGGCGCAAUAUGCGAACAGAAACGCUGUCGAGGUUGAGGGUGCUGGCAGAAGCAAGGCGCAAUUGAUCGUGGGCAUCGAUUUUGGAACCACCUUCUCUGGAGUUGCAUUUGCCUUUGCUACGAACACCGAGGCGAAAGAAGAUAUCAUCACAGAAUGGCCGGGUGCUGGAUCAUACACAAAACAAAAGAUUCCCACCGUUUUAUACUACGAUCAAUACCAGAAAGUCGUCGGAUGGGGACCUGAUAUUGCUGAUGCUCUCGCACCAACUGGCUACCCAAAGCCGGGUGUGCAAAAGGUGGAAUGGUUCAAAUUGCAGCUGAUGCUUUCCGGUAACACAUACAUCGAUCCUAUCAACCUACCUCCACUUCCACCGGGAAAGUCCGAGAUCGAUGUGGCCGCAGAUUAUCUUUUCAAGCUCCGCCAGGCGAUGAGAAACCAGUUACAAAAGACAUUAGGAGAGGUCUUUAACAGAGAAGAACGGAACAUUCGGUACUAUCUGACUGUGCCUGCUAUUUGGAACGACGCUGGAAAGGCUGCAACUCGCGCGGCCGCGAUUCAAGCCGGGUUCCUUCGAGACGAGAAUGACAACCGACUGACGCUCAUCACCGAACCCGAAGCUGCCGCUCUUUUCUGCUCCAAGGCGGGUCUUCUGAAUCUCAAAGUUCACGAUGCGGUUUUGAUUGUGGAUUGUGGAGGUGGCACCGUCGAUUUGAUUGCUUAUGAGGUGGAGGAAGAGUCUCCUUUCACGGUUUCCGAGUGUACAGCUGGUUCUGGUGAUUCUUGCGGUUCGACCGCUCUGAAUCGAAACUUCUCCAACAUCCUCCGAACGAAGAUUCGGAAGAUGAAACUUCCUGAUGGAUCGAAGACCGCAGGCAGAGUGUAUGCAAAGUGUAUCAUGGACUUUGAAAACAGAAUCAAGGCGGAUUUCCGCAACAACAACCAAAAGUGGGCCGUUGAUGUUGGGAUCGAAGCCGAGUUCCCAGAAGCUGGAAUCGAAGAAGGUUACAUGACAUUUACCAACGAGGAAAUUUUACAGUGUUUCGAGCCUGUUGUCAACCGAAUCCUCGAACUGGUGCGCAAUCAAAUCAUCGCCAUUCAAGCGCAAAACCGCACGUUGCAGAACGUACUGGUCGUGGGUGGAUUUGGAGCUUCUGAAUACCUCUUCCAGCAAAUCAAGCUACAUGUGCCACCACAAUUCCAGUCCAAGGUCGUGAGACCCAUGGACUCGGUUGCAGCCAUCGUCAAGGGAGCUGUUACCGCUGGUAUCACAGAACGAGUUGUCACAUCUCGUGUUGCUCGAAGACAUUACCUCAUGGCAACUCUUCAGCCAUUCAAAGAAGGCCACCACCCAGAAGCUUAUCGUGUGCCCUCUCUCGAUGGAAAAGAUCGAUGCAAGUUUACUCGGCAGAUUUUCGUCCAAAAGGGCCAAAGAGUCAAGAUUGGAGAGCCGGUGAAGGUUUCUUUCUUCAGACAAGUUGCUCCUGGGGCUACUUUGAUGUACGAGGAUAUCCUAUAUGCUUGUGAUGACGAUGUUUGCCCAGAAUACACCAAGGAUCCCCGCGUCAAGGAAGUUGUCACCCUAACCUCAGAUCUCUCCCGCAAAAACCUAGAAAAGGACUUCGAACGAAUGGACACUCCACAAGGCACAUUCUACCGUGUUUACUUCGAUAUCUACCUCACACUAGAUGGUUCAGAAUUUAACGCCGAGCUAGUAUGCCAGGGAGAGGUGAUGGGUCGUUGCACGUCAAGAUUCAAAUGA